GGCAGGGGAGCCGCGCUCCCCCCGGCUGGCGCGCGGCUCUGUGGAGCAGGACGGCCGGAGGCAGCCGCGCGCUCGCUCUGGUCCGACGCGCUGAAGCCAGACUGGGGGAGCUCGGGCCAUUUCCCAGAGCAGGGACAGGAGAGAAUCUGCUUUGGUUCAUUGCUUGACUUCCCCUCCCACCAUGGUCACUUCCCAGAGAGGCAGCUUGGUCCAUUCAUCGUGCGCGGCAAGGCAAGGAUCGGUCAGUUGCAAAAGAAGAGUGGACUGAAGAAUACAGCAUCUUAUAUGACCUGUGGGUUUGAGAAGUGAAGAACAACUCUGAUCACAGGGUGACUUGUUAUGUCUAUGUUGUGAUGGAAAAAUGAAAGCAUCUAGAAUACAGCAUUUUUUAUACUUCUAAAACUGCCUUUGAGUACAACAUCUAUUCCCUUCAAAACACACACACAAAAUGUCAGAACUUGACCCUUCAUCUGGAUUAGUAGGAAACAUGGAAAAUGGGACUUUUCUGGAGCUAUAUCCAACAUCCUUGUCAACUUCAGUGGAUUCCUCAUCUGGCCGCUUAUCAAAUGUCUAUGUCUAUGUUUCUAUAUUUCUCAGUCUCUUAGCAUUUCUUCUUUUGCUAUUAAUCAUUGCACUUCAGAGGCUGAAAAACAUCAUCUCUUCCAGUGCCUCCUACCCAGAAUACACUAGUGAUGCUGGAAGUUCUUUCACUAAUUUAGAAGUUUGUAGUAUUUCUUCCCAGCGAUCUGCUUUCUCAAACCUUUCUUCAUGAAAAGAAAUGACGGAAAUACAUUGGGAAAGGAACAACUUUGUCCAGCUUUUGAGGGAAAUAGUGCAUGUAGCGUUUACCAUUGAGGACUAUUAAUCAUGAAAGAGGUGACUUUUAAAGUUCUCUUUGAUUUUCUUCCUCUUUUUAGUUUCCAUUUCCCCUUCUAUUAACGAUGCUUUUCAUCUUGGAGCAUGGAAAAUGGCAUCUGGUCGUAGCUUCAUGUAUGUACUGGCAAUGCUGCCUUUCUCUCAUACGUAUACACAUCCAUGCAUACACACCGACUUCCUGCCAAAUUUAAAUAUGGUUCUAGGUGGUUGUUCUAAUUCUUGUCUGCAGUUGUAUCCCUCUUACCUGGAUUUCCCUUUGUUAGUGUGUCAUUGACUUUUCACUGGAUAGCGCCUUCUGGACAAGAUCGCUUUCACAAAAAUGCUACCACACUGAUUUAAUAGACAAAUUGGCACCUUGGCCAAUUUUAAAGUUUUGGGUGGGGUUUUUUGUUUUUAAUUGUGAUGUCAUUUCAGUAUUUAAAUUAUGUUAUUAAAACAAAACUAAAAUAAUUCUUUUGUUAAUAAGCAUUAAUUUUGUCUAUGUAUACCUGUCCAUUGAAUCUUUCUGUAUAAAGCCUCUACAAGUCAACUUUCACAUACACUUUGACAUAUUUGCUUAAUUUUAUUUAGCAAAAGCAGCUAGAAUAAAUAUGCACAGUUGUAAACUCAA